AUGGCAUCCAACCGAGCUACUACAGCAUCUGGCAACUUUGUUUUAACAGCAGAGACUUUGAACAAAGCCCUUCCGAAAAUGCAUUUCACCACUCAGGCCGUACACGCGGAUGACUUUGUCAGCCCUCACCGUGCCAUUGCACCAGCCAUGCACCCGGCUGUGAACUACCGAUAUGCCAGAGACCCUGAUGAGUUAGUAGAGAUGGAAAACGACGAUCCCAACGCCCCCUUUGACUCGCACGUCUACUCGCGCUACACAGCACCUAACUCGAAUCGGUUUGAGAUUGUCCUCAAGACCCUCUUCCACUCAGACGUUGUCUCGUAUUCUUCUGGUCUUUCAGCUUUCCAUUGCAUGUUGGUCCACCUGAACCCGAAAAGGAUCUUUAUUACUGAGGGUUACCAUGGUGUACACGGAGUUAUCGAUGUUGUAUCUAGAUUGAGCGGCGUCACUAAGCUGACCCUAGACGACAUCGACCAGAUGGGUCCAGGCGAUAUGCUCCAUGUUGAGACGCCCCUCAACCCUACUGGCGAGGCUCGCAACCUUGCUUAUUACAAGGAGCGAGCUCGUGCAGUGGGAGCCUUUCUAACCGUCGACUCUACCUUUGGACCUCCACCGCUGCAGGAUCCUAUCGAGCUUGGAGCGGACCUUGUCAUGCAUAGCGGUACUAAGUACAUCGGAGGCCACUCGGAUAUGCUCUGUGGUAUUGUUGUUGUUCAUCCCGAUCGUGUCAAGGAGGGAUGGGGCGAGAAACUACGCGAGGAUCGCCUCGUCCUGGGGAGCGUCAUGGGCAGCUUUGAAGGUUGGCUGGGCAUCAGGUCCCUGCGAACCCUCCAUCUCCGCGUGACGCGCCAAGCGCAGACAACCGAGGCGCUUGUUUCCUGGCUGCAGAAGGGAGUGGAGGAUCGAAACUCGAUUAUUGGAAAAGUGGUCUCUAAGGUGUCGCACGCUUCUCUGCAAAAAGACGCCCUGAAAGAAGGGUGGUUGCAAAAGCAGAUGCCAGGAGGUUACGGACCUGUCUUCAGCAUGUGGCUGAGAAAACCCGAACAUGCUCGACGAUUUGCGAGUAAGUUAUAUGUAUUCCAGCAUGCGGCCAGCUUGGGGGGCGUCGAGAGUUUGGUCGAGUGGCGUGCUAUGAGCAGCAAGGAAGAAGACCCGCUUGUUAUUCGGGUCAGUGUUGGGGUUGAGGAUCUUGAAGAUAUGAAGGCGGAUUUCACACAAGGGUUCCAGGCAUUAUUGGAUGAGCGAUCUUAA